AUGGAUGUCCAGGAAAUCAUUCUGGGCGUGCAGCCGCUGGUAGGCGACGUACGGCCCAUUAGAACCGUUCAAGAGACACAGCCGGUGGAGGAUUAUGGCUACGCGUACGUCGCCGAAGUGAACGUCAAAAGCGCCGCAAAGGUAGUCAAAGUCCUUGAUGCCAGUAUCGCCCGCGACCCCACCCGUACUACGAGCCACCUCCGCCGCUUCGCAAAGCAGAGCAACCUUCCCGAACACUUGCACCCCCUCCUCCUAGGCGAUAAGCCCUCUCCGCAAUCGAUCUUCGUCCUCAUCCCACCACCUCUACCCGAAGUCGACCUCCUUCAAGAACUCCUCGCCCCCUUCGCCGUCACUCCCGCAACCCCCUCGACUGCACAGCCGCAGACCCCCUCUGAAUCCCAACCCGAAUUCAAAAGCCCGCCCAAAGUACCUCUGCACACAAUCAAAGUCCCAACCCUUCCACCCCUCAGCGCACAACAAGCAGACACCUGGACGAAAACCCUCUGGCCCGUCGUUUACAACCCCGCCGCCGCCCGCGCAACCGUCGCACCUCCCGUGCAAGUCCUCGCCCGCACCCGCGAAUUCAUCCAGCCCGAUGCCGGCAAGUACCUCGCCCUCGCGCGCAAAGUCGCCCACGAAGCACUCAACUCCGGUCGCGGACGCGGCGUUGGCGCCGUCGUCGUGGACCCCGAAAUCGUCGAGCGGAUUCUAGAUGCAGGCGGUGACAUGGAGGAGCGCUGGGCGGAUGCCAUUGUUGCUGUUGCGGGGGACGCGCGGUACUCGCGGCGUGAGGCGGGGAAGCCCUCGGUUGCGGAGAAGCAUUCUGGUCCCGGACCGAAUCCUGCGGUGGAGGGGUAUGAUGCGGAUGUGGAGGGCGGACCGGAUUUGCAUGCGCUUAUGCGCGCGGCGGAGAUUAUCGCGUAUAAGCGGCGGGUUGGCGAUCCGGAUGCUGAGAGUGAUCGGCCGGAUCUCUCGCCGAUGGAGGAGUACUUUAUCGCGCAGCUUGAUUCGACUGCUCCGGAGCCCAAGCAGGAUACGGACACAGACACGCCCACGCCAGUCCCGGAGAAGUACCAGAAGACGGGAUUACACGAGUCACUGGCAGUACCUAUCAAAUCAACAUCAACGUCGGCCCCGCAAGAAUCAUCAACACCUGGCGCAAGCCUCCGCAUCCGCCCCCGCGCUCAAGGCGGUUACCUCUGCACAGAUCUCGAUGUGUACCUCACCCACGAACCCUGCGUCUGCUGCUGCAUGGCUCUCCUCCUCUCGCGGUUCCGGUCCGUCACAUACCCACAGACAGGCCGGAUGGUCUCCGGUGGGUUAGCUUCUGAACCAGUUAUCAAACCCGUUCCUGUUUCCGACCCCGAUAGUGAGACUGGGAAGGAGGAGGGAGCAGCCAACGAAGCAAAUUCGAAACAGUCACGGCAGUACUAUGGCCUCCACUGGCGCAAGGAGCUGAACUGGCGCGCGCUGGGGUUCGAGUUUGUUCAGGGUGGUCCAAAUGAGGAUGAGGAGGUAGCUGAAUACGGCGUUGCGUUUUAUGCCUGA